AUGGAGCUAAAGAAUGUGGAGAUUUUCCCCAAUGAUGUAUACAUAGGUGAAAUUAUUGAUACCGUAAAGUCUUUCAGUUGGAGUGCUUCCAGGCAUCUGUUUUCACCUUUGCCAGUGCUGGAGACUAGGUCUCCUUUGGAGUGGUUUGUAAGAAGAGUCCAAGAUAGAAUUGUUCUGUCCACAUUAAGGCGAUUCAUGGUGAAGUCUUCAAAUAAGUCAAGGCACUCCUUUGAGUACUUGGAUAGAGAUGAGAUAAUAGUAGCUCAUAUGGCUGGUGGAGUUGAAGCUUUCAUAAAGUUGUCUCAAGGUUGGCCUUUAUCAGAUUCUGCACUCAAGUUAAUGUCUCUCAAGAACUCAAGUCAUUCGAAAGAAAUAUCUUUAAGUUUUCUUUGCAAGGUUGAGGAAGAGGCAAACUCUUUGGAUGGACACAUACAGCAGAAUCUCUCAAGCUUUGUGGAUGCCAUUGAAGAAAUACUUGUUCGACAAAUGCGAGCGGAACUCCAAUCUGAUGACAACUGAAAAAUGACUGCUAUUAUCAUUUUUAGAGGGGCCUGAUGAUUGGGUUAACUUGAAUCACUUUAGGGGUAGGGUAUCAUGUUCCCUCUACUUUUUGAAUUUCUUUUUUUGAUGGAUUAGUGACACUAAUUUGGUUGAUGACAAUUGACAACUCAGCUCUGGGCCAAAAAAAAAUGGUCUAAUGCACUAGAUUUCCAUCAUUGUAGUAUUUGGG